UUUUCCUUUGAGUUUAAAAUAAAAAAAAAAUCAGGACACUUCUUAUUGUUACAUUUUAUGUGCACAUUUUUAUAAAAAAAAAAAUUAUGAUGUUUUAUGAAUUUGGUAUACAUAGGUAUUUUACAUACGGUUGAAAAUGGUGAAGAAAAUAUUAUGCGAAUACUGUAAUAUAACAUUUGCAGACAACUUAUCAACCCGUAAUCUACAUUUCAACAGCAACUUGCACAAAAAGAACAGAAGAAAUUACUUUUCGUUGUAUAAAGACGCUAUAACAUUAUUUCUCGAGGAACGUCAAAAACAACCGUGUCGACGAUUUAGAACUACUGGACAUUGCCAAUACGGUUCCAACUGUAAUUAUUCUCAUUACACCUUUGAACAAUUAAUUAAUCUAAUCAAUCAAGAAAACAAAAAAAAGAUUUGUAAACAAGUGGAAAACAUUAAUUCAAUUCCAACAAUUGAUUCUUGGUUAAUAAAGUAUCAACAGAAUUUAUUCACUAAAACCACAAGCAGUGAAACAAAUACCAAAAACUUACAAUUAAAUUAUCAAUAUAGAAAUUUACCAUCCUUAGCUCCAAUUGCUGAUUUCGAUAAACUAAAGAGUAUAACUCUGAACACUUGGUCGUGAGUGUCAUUUUAACUAACAAUUGGUGCAACAUCAUAACCAAUUAAUGCUCUUUAUUAUUUGAUUACUCAGGAGUUUCCAAGGAUGACCUCUAUAGUUCAUCAAAAAAACGGAACAGACUUAAACAACUCAAUUUCU